CUCCCUCCUGGCAGCAGAGAGAACCGUUCACAGCGCUCACUCAAGAGCAGACUCCCCACAGAGUCACGUGUCCGGUGACACCACCUCGCACACGCCGUCAGUUUCCAUCACAGGCGCCUUUUCAAAAUCAGCGUCUUUAAGAAUGGGGCACGUCAAGCUUGCGUCCUCCCCUGGAAGGAGUGAGGCGGAGCCUGGGGAUGAGCCGGUCUCAGAAGGUGCUGAUAACAGCCUCGACGAGUUUAGAAUAAAUAUUUUAUCGCUUGGCGAUCUGUCUCCAGCUGUCAGUGAGAACUCCGAUUUGGAACAGGAAGAGGAAAGUGCUCAGAGAGAGAAAACGGCUGGCAAAAUCUUCAGAGCCGAGGUGUCUGCUGGGCCGGAUGCCCCCAGGCAGGCCCAGGCGAGGAGCUGGGCAUCACAGGGAAAGGCCGCCUCUGCAGAGGGGGAUGAGAGCGAGGUCUCGGAGCAUCUCAGUGCCAGCUCAGCCUCUGCCAUCCAGCAGGACAGCAUUUCCAGCAUGCAGCCACCAUCUGAAGCCCCCAUGGUGAACACAGUCAGCUCAGCUUAUUCUGAGGAUUUUGAAAACUCUCCAAGUCUGACGGCAUCUGAGCCAACGGCCCGUUCCAAGGAGUCUCUUGACAGAACACUGGACGCUCUGUCUGAAUCCUCUUCAAGUGCGAAGACAGACUUUCCACAAACAGCCGAGGCUAGGAAAAAGUCGGGCAGGCACGUGACAAGGGUGCUUGUGAAGGACACAGCUGUGCAGACCCCGGACCCCACCUUCACCUACGAGUGGACCAAAGUGGCUGGUAUGGCAGCCAUGGGGCCUGCCCUGGGAGGUGCCUACGUGGACCCGACACCCAUCGCCAAUCAUGUUAUCAGCGCGGAUGCAAUAGAAGCCCUGACCGCCUACAGCCCGGCCACGCUGGCGCUCCAUGAUGUGCUGAAGCAGCAGCUGAGCCUGACGCAGCAGUUCAUCCAGGCCAGCCGGCACCUGCACGCCUCCCUCCUGCGCUCCCUGGACGCCGACUCCUUCCAAUACCACACCCUGGAGGAAGCCAAAGAGUACAUUAGGCGCCACAGACCUGCCCCGCUGACCAUGGAGGACGCGCUGGAGGAGGUGAACAAGGAGCUGUGAGCACCAGCAGGUGGAGCUUGAUGUGACAUCUAACAAAAGCAGGACAGGGGCCACCAGCCUCUGCAGAGCAGCUCCACCCAGGCAGGUCCUGGCACCCCAGCGAGCCAGAGGAAGGUGGGGUGGACGGCAGAAGCCCUGCUCGAGGAUAUCGACAUGGGACCAGGUCAGCACGCUGGGGACGCCACGUGAGCCCCUGGACGAAGCCUGUGACCCCAGGAUGCACAGCUCAAACCAGGACAUGCGUCUCCUCAGUCAGCCCAAGCACACCUCCGACUUACACACGUGUGGGAGAAAGGUCUUUAAAAAAAGGCUUUAUUUGAAGGCAAAACAAUGAAAUCCACAAGAAAUUACUAACAGCACGUGUUUACGUCUUAUCCUGAAUCAUACAUUUUAACAAUUCACAGCUACAGGAAAUCUAGAACAAAAUCAAAUAUUCAUCACGUUGGGUUGAAAAGUUGGAGGAUUUCGCAUCUUAUUGAAAAUUUUUCAAAAAUGUUUUUGUACAAAUGAAUGGCAUUGCGCCAGGCUGCCCACGGACACCACGUGUGGCCGAUUCCCAGCAGUUGCCCACCAGCUUCCACAGGGGCAGCUCCCUCCUGGCCUCCCCUCCCUUCACGGGUGUGAAAUGAAAUGACGGAGCGGGAGGUGCUGGCUGGGGUCGGGCUCCACGCUCUGGAUGGGACGGGGCCAUAGCACACGCCAGCCGGUGCAGGGUUCUUCCAAGUGCAAAACUCAAGCAGGGGAUGCGACGGGCACGGACUCCAAGGGAGCGCUCGACCUGAAGUGUCUUAGGCUGGUUUCCUGUUGAAUCUUCUGUUUCCCAGAUAACAGCAAAUGGCUACAUUCCAGAAAAAAAAUAUCAACUUAAACAACUAAAAUAACUGAACUAAGGGCCAGUACGCCUUCGAAGAAUUGGGUUUCAGAAUCUCACUGGGCCCCCUCUCAGGUCAAUAUUCUUUCUAAAACUAAACCAAGGGGAGUAAAAAUGAAAACCCUGCUUCACUUUGCAAGUCAAGUCAAAAA